CAGCAACGCGAAAGGUUUUGUCUUGCUUUCUUGUUGCUUUGUGUGAUUCUCGAGUCUCUGUUCUGCUUCUGCGUCUGCGUCCCGUUCUCGUGGCCAAAAAGAGAAGAAAGCAAGAAGCAAAAAAGGCAAACGAACUGUUUUCGCUGCGCGUUCGUGCUCAAUCGUGAUUUCGAAAUAAAUUAAAAAUGUCUCGCAGUUCGUACCUGUUGUGUGUGCUGUUUUUAGGCGCCAGCUGCUUGGUUUUCAGUGCGAGUGCAGCGCGGAACAAUCGAAGGGGUUACAAGGCCACGGAGCCGCCCACCACCACCCAGCCCCCGCAGACGGCCAAGGAGUAUCUGGACAGCCGACCUGGAAUCUCCACAUUCGGCAUCAUCGCCAUCAUCUUCACCGUUAUCGUUCUCUGCCUCGUUUUCUACUACGGCAUCAUUUGCUACCCCUUACUUUGUCGCGAUGAAAAGAAGUAUCGGUUUAUGGACGUAUCCUCAACCAUUACCGCCGCCACAUCGCGCUCCAUUCAGUCCAUAGAGAACUAUCCCGACCAGAAACAUCACCAUACGUUGGCCUGAUUCGAGGUGUGCACACCCGGAGGAUAGUGGUUUAGUAGUACGUCUAUUUAGUAACUCGAAAAAGACUUGAAUGCCAGCCAGAAACGAAAAUCCAUUAGUAUGACUACAGAUUUAGGUCAUAGGUCUUCAAAAAUAUCUCGAAUUUUACCUCUUAUACCCUUUGCCUUUUUUUAACAUAUUAGAUAUUUAAACAUGAAUUUUCCCAUAUUUUUAUCGAAUUUCAUAACAUUACCUUGAUGUUUCUAUAGUACAUAGCAGUAACCAGUUGAGGAGUUCGCUGGAAAGGGAAUUAAUCAUUCAUAAUUGUAAAUUGGGAUUCCUACGCAUCCCCGACUCUUUCUUUAUCUGUUGUUCCUCUUAAUCCCGGGCUCAACAAGUUUGGCCUGUCCUGUCCUCUGGCCCUUUUUCCUUGUCCAUCGUGCAUCUUUGGCCUUUUUAUUGCUGCUCAUGCAGGUAGUUUUAGCCGUUUACUCACAGCUUUGUUCUCUGUUCUUUUUUGUGGGACAGAGCCAAAUUGUGGCAAUUGAGUCACGUUGCCUGGUUGUUUCACUCGAAAUCCCAGGGAAUUCAGAGAUCUUUUUUUACCGUCUUCACGCAACCCAAUUUGCAUUCACAGUCCGAAUUGUUUUAACACACGAACUUUUUGUGAUGCCUCAAGUUUUCCAAUUUUUGAAUACAUUUCAAAAUGCUGGUUCCCGUCCCUUUAUACACAGGUUGUACUUAAAGCGAAACCAAGUACUUAAUAAAUAUACCAUGCCAAUCAUAGUUUAAGCGCCAAUCUGCCGCCACGAAUACAUUUAAGCAAUCUUCAGUUUUUGCAUUUAGACCAGAAUGAGUAUCCUUCUAUAUAUUGUGUCAAAAUACGUUUUUAGACGUUAUUUAGCAAUAAGAGUAUCAAGUUUUAUAUACAAAUAUUUUUGGACAUUUUUAUGUGAGUUUUACAUAAAAUAAAUGCUUUUGCCGCCGCAAACGGUCAAAACGGUGAAA